AUGAAAAAGGGGUUCCCCACGAAAAUUCUCUGUAACUUUAGUCAGAAAAAUGAUGAACAAAAAGAACUGGCUAUCCUUGCAGAGGUUGCGGAAUCUCGUCAUUUUUUCCAGCCGACGUCUCGCCUGAAGAAGAAUAUGUUACCGGAUAUCCAAGACGAGCUCAAGCAACUUGAUCCUUCAGUGAUUGGGUAUCAGAGGUUAGAAGGAAGCUAUCAGCAAUCGUUGUGA